GGCUCGAUUGCUUCCGGCUGUUCCAAGAUGGCGCUGUGAAAGUCGUCCGGCAGACAUGGGACUGAAGUAUGUUUGAGCGCUUCAGCCGAGCGGCCUGCGUCAUCAGAUUUCUCCGGGUAUCAGGAAAGAACGUGCGUGUCACACCUGGUUUCAGGCUGCUGUCCUCCUCACCAGCCAGGAUGACGGAUCCCGCUGUGCAGAGGGUCGUCAGUGAAAUCGUCCGCUCCCCUGAAGACAAGAGGGUCUACAGAGGCUUGGAGUUCAGCAACGGCCUGAAGGCCAUGCUGAUCAGUGACCCCACCACUGACAAAGCGUCCGCUGCGUUGGACGUCCACAUAGGGUCUCUGUCAGACCCGGAGAACAUCUCCGGCCUGGCCCACUUCUGUGAACACAUGCUGUUCCUGGGAACGGAGAAGUACCCCAAGGAGAACGAGUACAGCCAGUUCCUGAGCGAGCACGCAGGGAGCUCCAACGCUUUCACCAGCGGGGAGCACACCAACUACUACUUUGAUGUCUCCCAUGAGCACUUGCAAGGAGCUCUUGAUAGGUUUGCACAGUUCUUCCUGUGUCCUUUGUUCGAUGAGAGCUGUAAGGACAGAGAGGUGAACGCCGUGGACUCGGAGCAUGAGAAGAACCUGAUGAAUGACGCCUGGAGGCUGUUUCAGCUGGAGAAGGCCACAGGAAACCCAAACCACCCUUUCAGUAAAUUUGGAACAGGUAACAAGCUGACUCUAGAGACCAGACCAUGUGAAGAAGGCAUUGAUGUCCGUCAGGAGCUGCUGAAGUUCCACUCCACGUAUUACUCUGCUAACCUGAUGGGUCUGUGCGUGUUAGGACGAGAGUCACUGGAUGAGCUGACAUCAAUGGUGGUGAAGCUGUUUGGAGAAGUAGAAAACAAGAACGUUCCCAUCCCAGAAUUCCCUGACCAUCCCUUCCAGGAGGAGCACCUCAGGCAAUUCUAUAAAGUGGUUCCCAUCAAAGAUAUAAGAAACUUAUAUGUGACCUUCCCCAUCCCGGACCUUCAGAAGUACUACAAGUCUAACCCUGGGCAUUAUCUGGGACACCUGAUUGGUCACGAAGGACCGGGGAGUUUGUUGUCAGAGUUAAAAGCUAAAGGCUGGGUGAACACACUUGUUGGAGGACAGAAAGAAGGAGCCCGAGGUUUCAUGUUCUUUAUCAUCAACGUGGAUUUGACCGAGGAAGGCCUUCUGCACGUUGAAGACAUCAUAUUCCACAUGUUCCAGUACAUCCAGAAGCUACGCACUGAGCGGCCUCAGGAAUGGGUUUUUGAAGAAUGCAAGGAUUUGAGCAAAGUGGCCUUUAGGUUCAAGGACAAGGAGCGACCCCGUGGCUACACCUCUAAAGUGGCCGGUCUACUGCAUUACUACCCUCUUGAGGAAGUUCUGGCAGCAGAGUAUCUUCUAGAGGAGUUCAGACCAGAUCUGAUUGAGAUGGUGCUCGAUAAGCUGCUUCCAGAGAAUGUCAGGGUUGCUGUGGUGUCAAAGUCAUUUGAAGGGCAAACAGACCGGGCAGAGGAGUGGUACGGCACGCAGUACAAGCAGGAGGCCAUCUCCAACGAGACCAUCCAGAAAUGGGCCAGUGCAGACCUCAAUGGAAAAUUCAAACUACCAAUGAAGAAUGAGUUCAUUCCCACCAACUUUGAGAUUUACCCUCCACCAAAAGAUUCUCCUUCAGUCCCCACUUUAAUCAAGGAUAAUGCUAUGAGUAAAGUGUGGUUCAAGCAGGAUGACAAGUUCUUUCUUCCAAAGGCAUGCCUGAACUUUGAGUUCUUCAGCCCAUUUGCGUACGUGGACCCAUUGCAUUGUAAUAUGGCAUAUUUGUACCUGGAGCUCCUCAAGGACUCCCUCAACGAGUAUGCAUAUGCAGCCGAGCUAGCUGGCUUGAACUAUGACCUUCAAAAUACCGUCUAUGGGAUGUAUCUGUCAGUCAAAGGUUACAACGACAAACAGCACAUCCUGCUGAAGAAGAUCGUUGAGAAGAUGGCGUCUUUUGAGAUAAACGAGAGGCGCUUUGACAUCAUUAAAGAAGCAUACAUGAGGUCUCUGAAUAACUUUCGAGCGGAGCAGCCUCACCAGCAUGCUAUGUACUACCUUCGCCUGUUAAUGACAGAAGUUGCUUGGACCAAAGAUGAGCUGAAGGAGGCGCUAGAUGAUGUCACUCUUCCCCGCCUCAAAGCCUUUAUACCACAGCUGUUGUCACGGUUACACAUCGAAACUCUUAUCCAUGGAAACAUCACCAAGGAGUCCGCUCUGAGCAUGAUGCAGAUGGUGGAGGACACGCUCACUGAGCAUGCUCACACCAAGCCCCUCCUACCGAGUCAGCUGAUUCGCUACAGAGAGGUUCAAGUUCCAGAUGGCGGCUGGUUUGUUUACCAGCAGAGGAAUGAGGUCCACAACAACUGUGGCAUUGAAAUCUACUACCAGACGGACAUGCAGAGCACUCAUGACAACAUGAUGCUGGAGCUCUUCUGCCAGAUCAUCUCUGAACCCUGUUUCAACACCCUCAGAACCAAGGAGCAGCUGGGUUACAUAGUGUUCAGUGGACCACGGCGAGCUAAUGGCGUGCAGGGCCUGCGCUUCAUUAUCCAAUCAGAGAAGGCGCCCCACUACCUGGAGAGUCGCGUGGAGGCCUUCCUCCUCUCCAUGGAGAAGCUUCUGGAGGAGAUGAGCGAGGAGGCCUUCCAGAAGCACAUCCAGGCUCUGGCUAUCCGCCGCCUGGACAAACCCAAGAAGCUUUCUGCUGAGUGUGCAAAGCACUGGGGGGAGAUCAUCUCUCAGCAGUACAACUUUGACAGAGAUAACAUUGAAGUGGCUCAUCUGAAGACUUUAACCAAAGAAGCCAUCAUGAACUUCUACAGAGAGCGUCUGACCGUGCAGGCUUUGAAGAGACACAAGGUUUCUGUGCACGUGCUCUCCAGAGAGAUGGACUCCUGUCCCAUAGUGGGAGAGUUUCCUUCCCAGAAUGACUUCAACCUGGCUCCCGCCCCCUCCCUGCCUCAGCCCACGCUGAUUCAGGACAUGACGGAGUUUAAGAGGAGCCUGCCUCUCUUCCCUCUGGCCAAGCCUCACAUCAACUUCAUGGCUGCCAAACUGUGACGGUCACAGGAGGGCCUCUGUGUUCAGACGGACGAUCUGACUGAGGGAAUGCAUGGGGGGGCAGGCUCCAGAUGCUGGGGGUAAUAGAAUCACUGAAUUAGCUGUGGAUGUUUCAAUUACUGUGGGGUUUUCCUAGAUCAGCUCAUGUUUAAUGUGUCAGCAGACCAACAUGCUUCACUGUAGCAUGCUCUAGAGGAACUAGAACUGAGCUUUUCCAGCUGGGAGGAUUCUGCCGGCUUUCUCCUGGUGCUGGUUUGAGAAUGUGCUACUGGUUAGUGAUAGUUAGGAAGAGGUUAUGGUCUUCUUUUGGGUGGACUUAAAGAUGCACUCAGUCAGAUGACGUAUUUUACUCAGAUGUAUGCAUUUUCAAAGCCUUAUCACUAUAGUUUUAUUCCCAGCUUGUUUUUAAAGGACUGUAAAGCGGUUUCAUCUGUAAACCCUUUUUUUUAAAUUGACCCAUCCAUCCUCCUUAGACGUUUCAAGUUUGAGUCCAUUUUGCAGUGAUGUGAGACUGAAGCACCUCAGGGUAACUUGAUGCUGUAUUUUUAACAUUCAUUUUAUUAGUGAUAAAAGAAUCAGUAUUACAUUUUCACCUGUCAUGGUUCUGGCCGUGUGUUUGAGUUCCUGGAAGGUCCCGUUGGUGCCUUUCCAGGACUCCCACAUUAGUGAAUGUGCUCAGGCGGCAGACACGCUCGCCUUUUUUCCUCAUGUCACUCAUUUCAAUGUGGCUGAAAGAAAAUUCAGCAACAUCCUGUAGAAUCUAUAUGCACUCCUUGUGAAGCAAUAAACCGAGGAUCUGAAAGGUGUCUCCAGCAGAGGAUCAGGUGUGGUUCUGCUCUUUCUCUGAGGGGAAACCUGCUGCUGCUGCUGCCAUUUCACAGUCAGAAAGGUCUUUUCUUUCCUUCUCCCCAACCAUCUUUAUGGCUCACCGUGAGAUCCAACUUUGAAAGAACAAAGAGGUGGCAGAGAGCUUCAGCUGUUUCUACCUAAUAAAUCUUCCUCCUUCUGUUUGGUUCAGAAGCACUGUCUUGUUAGUGGUUAAAAAUCCAGAGGCGGACGCAGCAGCAGCAGCAGGUUGCGUAUGAAUUCCCACAGACCUGAGCCCAGGAAGGAACCGUUUUUUCUUUUAGAGGAGUCUAGAAACCUGACAUAUCAGGCUUUGUAGAGCCAUGUAUGUUGUACUCUGGAGACUGCAGUCCAUGUCCUACUUUUACACCCAUUCAAUCCGUUGUCUCAUCUUAUUCUUGAUUUCUGAAUGUCUUUAGCAACACCUGUGUUGAUGUUUUCCUUUGUUUGUGUGUUUGUGUUUCUAAUUAAACAGCAGAACUGAAACACCAGAA